AUGGAUCAGUUUUCUAGGUACCCACUGUCCGGGAUCCCGGUUCCAUUUCAAUACCAGAUCAGAAAUGGGGACGACAGCGAUGCAGGAGUUUUACGGCUGAUGAACAAGUUUAAUACGGAGGAAAACGGCGGACAUGCCAAGAAACGGAGUGCACCGAACGCGGGGGGCGCCGAUUUCGAUGUUAAACGGGCUCGUAUGGUCGAAAGAAGUGGACUUUUGAGUUGUCAGCGCGAUGAAGGCGGUCCUACGCCUUUGUUCGAUAUUCCAUUUAGAUUUGGGCUUGAAUCCGGUGUCAGUGGUGCAGACGGCAGCGUCAGCGUUUGUGAAAGACGUGCUGUUGACGAUACGCGUGGCGGGGCCACUGCGCCGCAGCACGGUUUUCAACAGUUGAGUUCUGUCAAUAGAGUGUCAUCGCCUGUCUGUUCUGAAGAUGAAGGUUUGGUUGUGUCCGGUGCGGGUGGAGCAGCAGCAGCAGCGGCUGCUGCUGCUGCUUCUACUGCUGCUGGAAGUGACGAAGGUCUGCCGUUGUCACCUGUUGCGUCGCCAGGUCGAACUCCGUCGGAAGGCGUUGCGUGUGCCGUUAUCGCCGAACCGCGUCGUUCCUUACAACAGGACUGUUUAAACGCGGUUGCCAUAACAGCACACUCGCAACUCAGUCCUGCAGCUUACAAAAAUUUGAUAUUCCAGCUCAUAUCACGGCUUAACAGAAGCGAACUCUCAGAUUUGGGCACAUUGGUUAAAGAUAAUUUGAAGCGGGACUUUCUCAGUUUUUUACCGGCAGAAAUCGCCGUCAAGAUUCUGACCAAUCUCGAUUUCGAGGACAUUUCCAAGUGUCUCGCUGUGAACAGGACCUGGAAUCGUCUCAUAAACAACACGCCUUACCUAUGGAGAAGACUUAUGGUCGUAGAAGGGUUUAUGUCGAAGGAUGAGUACCAGAAACAGUGUGACGUGUCGAAAGAGGACGUCGACAGUGCCUUCCGUCAGAAAUUUCUGGAAAACCGGUCGAAUUUGAAAAGCUGGUAUUCUAGUGAAUUCAAGCCUCAUAGAACCACGCUCAAAGGCCAUUCUACUAGUAUUGUCACUUGUUUACAAUUUGAAGACGACUACAUCAUCACGGGCGCCGACGAUAAAGUAAUGCGCAUUUACGACGCCAAGACCGAAGAAUUUGUCACGCAACUUAGUGGCCACGACGGUGGAGUCUGGGCACUCAAAUACGAUAAAGAAGGCGUUGUUGUGAGUGGAUCAACAGACCGUAGCGUUCGUGUCUGGAAUAUCAAAAAGGGCAAAUGCACCCACUUAUUCCGGGGCCAUACUUCGACCGUGAGAUGCCUAGACAUUGUCGAACAUCAAGGUAUCAAAUACAUCGUUACUGGUUCGCGUGACUACACUUUACGAGUAUGGAAAUUACCCAGUUGUAGGAAUGAAAAUUACAAUCCGGAUGUGUGCGAAGUAUUUAAUACGACAGAAUCGAACCCAUAUUUCGUGGGAGUUUUGCGAGGCCAUAUGGAUCCGGUCCGAACCGUUUCGGGUCACGGCAACAUCGUGAUCAGUGGGUCCUAUGAUCACAAUUUAAUGAUUUGGGACAUUGCGCAAAUGAAAUGUCUGUACGUUUUGACGGGCCAUACAGAUCGAAUAUAUUGUACCGUUUACGACCACGAGCGUAAAAGAUGUAUUUCCGCUAGUAUGGAUUGGACUAUUCGAGUGUGGGAUCUCGAAAACAUUCAUAAGAAUGGUCCAUGUUCCAUGGUCAAUUCAUUCACCAACCCAUGUGUCAAAGUGGCUGGCUCCGUACUGACGCUACAAGGUCAUACCGCUUUGGUCGGUUUGCUUCGCCUUUCCAAUAAAUUUCUCGUAAGCGCAGCCGCUGAUGGGUCGUUACGGGGCUGGGAUCCCGACGAUUUUUCUCGUAAAUUUGCGUAUCAUCAUACAAACCUAAGUGCAAUCACAACAUUUGACGUCAACGACAAUGUUCUUGUGAGUGGAUCCGAGGGCCAAUUCAAUAUUUACAAUCUGCGGACCGGCAGGCUGGUCCAUUCAGAUUUAUUAAGCGAUGCAGACCAAAUAUGGCUUGUAAAAUUUAACAAUCGGAAAUUGGUCGCUGCCGUGGAGAAAGCGGGUAAAAGUUACGUGGAGAUUCUUGAUUUUAGCAGAUCCGCAACAACGGAGGACGAAACGCGGCGCAGUGAUCAGGACGUUUCCGUUGUGAGUUCGCAAGAUGGAUCAAUUAGAUGA